AUGAUGUCCUCCAUGUCGUCCGAGCAGUACGAAGUCAUGUACACGCUGCGCUCCGAGCUGUUCGCCAAGCAGGGAGAUACCAACCCCGACCGCUUCAGUGGCCGAGGUUUCGGUCGCGCCUGGAUGAUGAACAUCACACCGGCGGAGAGGGACGUUCUGAUGAAGUACCGCUGGAGGGGCAAGCAGCGCGCCGCCGUUGGUGGACUUCUAGGCGCGUCUGCGAUGGCUGGCGUGUGGAAGAUGGCGAAGCUGGGCAGACCCAUGGGUGUCACGGGCAUGAUCAUUGGUGGUGUGAUCGGCGCAGGCGUUUCGAUGCGAACCAGCGGCAUCCGCGAGGAGAUAAUAUCGGAAAUGCUCAAGCUUCCCGAAGACAAGUCGCCGCAUGCGGCUCAGGCUCGAGAGAUCCUCACCACGAAGUUGCAGCACAACGCAUACGCGCAAGAGCUGCUUCAGCAAUCGGGGUUUGCCAACUCGCCAAGAAAAGAAUUAGUCCAGGCGUGUUCGACGCUCCAUGGAAACUCGGCUCCGGGGGCUGCGGUGGUCGUGGCCCUUGGGGUUUUGGGGGUCCUGGGCCUUGGGGCUUUGGCCCUGCACAUUUCGGCCCGUGGGGAUACGAUGGACCAGGCUCCUUUGGCCCAGGCGACCGUCAAGGAUGGGGGUGAAGAAUAUCACUCCGACGGAAAUGGGCGUGCUCAUGAAGUACCGGGAGGAGGGCAGACAGAGGGCAGCGAUCGGAGGAAUCCUUGGGGCUUCGGCGAUGGCUGGCGUUUGGAAAGUCGCUGCGCUGGGGGCUUCUUGGGGGUCGCUGGAGUGAUCAUGGGCGGCGCGAUCGGUGCCCGAGUGUCUGUACGCACGAGCGGAAUACGCCAGGAAAUGUUCCGCGAGAUGGUAAAGCUUCCAGGCGAGAGGUCGCCACGCGCUGCCCAAGCAAGAGAGAUCAUCCGAGAGAAGUUGCCGCACAACGCCUUUGCGCAGGAACUGCUGAACAUCCCAAGCUCCUCCAGCAAAGCAAACAGCCCGACCUUUAACAGGAUGAUGCCUUCCACGUCCCCCGACCAGUACGAAGUCAUGCGCACGAUGCGAUCCGAGAUGUUUGCCAAGAACAUCAAGAAGGACGGCUCCGGUCCCGAGCGUCCCGGUCCUCCUCGUGGCUUUGGGCCAUGGGGUUUCGGGCCACGAGGCUUUGGCCGUGCACCUUGGAUGAAAGACAUCACGCCGGCCGAGAGAGACGUCUUCGUCAAGUAUCGCCAGAAAGGGACGCGUCGCGCCGCGCUCGGUGGCCUCUUGGGAGCGACAGCCAUGGCUGGCGUCUGGAAUGCAGCUGCACUCGGGACGACCUUGGGUGUCGUGGGAGUUCUCGUCGGUGGUGCGAUUGGUGCCAGGACGUCGGUGCGUGCGAGCAAUAUCCGACACGAGUUGUUCACGGAGCUGCUCCAGCUUCCAAGCGACAAGGCUCCGCAUGCUGCUCAAGCGAGAGAAAUUCUCCAGACCAAGCUCUCGCACAACGCGUACGCGCAGGAGCUGCUCCGAGGCGCAGGACUCCCGACCGGCUCGGACAAGCCUUCGGGAGACAACUUCAAGGACAAGUGA